UUCCAUUAUUCUGCAGCCAGACGCUGAGGGAGACAAACUUAUUCAGAGGUACUGCAGCUGGAUUCUUUGCUAAAACACUUGUGGAUUUAUCUUCAGUAGAGACUUUCACAUUUUUGAAGGCUUAUCAACUAGCCUAGGACAUCUUACUUUGUUGUGGUCAGAACGUUAGAUAAUUGUCAGGUCUGAAGUGAUGAUCUUUGCAGCUGACAUCGAUACAUACACUGUAGAUUUAUAGAGAAAAAUAUUAUCAUUGAAAAAUAAUAGACCUCCUGAGAAGCAGUAGAUUAUUCACACGGACCUCGAUCGUUGCCACUUUUAUAGUAAACCCAACCAGUACAGCGUCCACAGCCUAACACCAGGAAAGAGACAGGUGAUGGAGAAGUAUUUUAAGCCUGUUCACAACCCCUCUGACCCGGACGAGAUCCAGCUACGGAGGCACCACCACCAUCAUCAUCAUCAUUUUCCCCAUCACCAAGACCCUCAGUCACACAGGUACACAAUGUUUGAUGACUCAGACAGAAAUACGGAUGAAAGCCAUGGUCACCCCCACCACCAUCAUGGUCACUAUCUCCAUGACAGCCCUCACCACGAUGCCCACCAUCGCCACAAAACACAGCCACUUCCCCUCAGCGAAGAGGACGAGAUACUUUACAAUCACCACACCCCUGUGACCAUCUCAAGGGCCUCAUCCUCUUCCCUUUCUUCAUCCUCCUCCUCCUCCUCCUCUUCCUCCUGGUUCACAGAGGGGAGCGCUAAUGAUCCCUUCUCUCUCCGUCAUGCUGUGCGGCCACAGCACUCUCUGUCCUGCUCCAACAUCUUAGAUGUGCGCAGAGGGUUUCAGGAAGACGACAGCAGCGAGCCCAUCGUAAUUGCCUCAAUCAGACAUGGCAAACAAGUAAGUGUUUGUGAUGAGAUACAUGGAAGCUCACAGCAGAGGGGAAAGCCUGGUUUUUCUUCUCUUGACCGUGGUCACAGCAGGAGUGAAGAAGGCCUUCUGCAGUGUAACGAAAGUGAUGUUGCAGGAGAACAAUCCAGGGCUUCGCACAUGAACUAUGGGCCUCUGUAUAAGACAGCCAGUUUGAAUCGUAGUCUUGCUUUUAGUGAGGAGGAUAUUCUGCUUGGGGUAUCCAGGGGCCCAAAGAGAGCAGUGUCCUCCAGCCAGCUACCCAGCAAAGGCAUCCUCAAGAACAAGAAGCCUAACACUGACAUUCGCAAGGCAAAGUCCAUGGAGGUGCUGUCACCCAGAGUUUCCAAAGGACGAGAUGCGAGUGGACAGAAAGGUAAAGGGACGACUCAAACUGAGAUACAGAAAGCCAGGUCAAAUUUUGUGCAAGGAAAGCUGCAAUUCUCAGCCUUUCUAGACGAGAUUACAAAACAGGUUAUAAGUCCGUCAGAUCUCACCAACUUGGGCGUGAACAAAAAUAAAUCUACUGGGAAGACGGCUGCCACCGCCCCCCAGACACCUGCUCCAGUCAAACCUCAGCUCCCACCCAAGAAGCACAGACAGAGCUUGGCAGAGGAGAGGGAGCAGCAUCCCCAACAGCACAACAGACAGGAGAAGGCAGCUCGCAGCAGCUCUCGGAAACACUCAGACUGCUCCAAUCCUGACAAGCUGAACUCAUAUGUAGCUCGGAACCAUCACGGUAGCCCCCCGCCUCAUCAACAGGCUCACCCUGCCAGCCACAAUACUCAUCUCGGAAACAUCCCUAAAGACAGGAGGCCGUCGCCCACCGGAGGCUCUGUGUCAAGAGACAGAUAUGGCAGAUGUGGCCCUCACCUUACUGAUGGCACCAGCACCAGUCCUGAACCCAGCCAACCCAAACAACAUCACCACCGUAAACCGCAGCACACUGCCGCUCACUGUCCACAAACCCAGCAUCCCCACCAUAACCCACCUCUGCAGGUGCACCCGGACUCUGGUCACCAGAGACCCGCCAGCUCACCUCCAUCCUCGGCCCAGGCUGCAGGCGCAGGCGUGGGAUAUGAGUCUUCAUCUUCAAAAUCAGAUUCAUCCAGGGCCAGAGACACAGUCUCCACAGUUACCAGUCACACUUCAGAGAAGAGUGGUCGACAACAUUCACAAUAUAUGGGGCACUCCAAACAACACAGGGACACAAUUUGUGAUGCUGACCAUCUCCAGGCUCUCCAGGAGGAGAAUGCAGAUCUUCACCAGAACUUGCUGCAGACAGUGGUUUGCAUCGAGAGCCUGGAGGCGGAGCUGCAGAGGACCAGAGACGAGCUCAGUCACGUCAAGGAGAAAUAUAAAAGCCUUCUGGAGACCCACUCUGGGACCAAACAGGCCAAUAACCUGCUGGGUGAACACCUCCACAUAGCGUCAGAGAGUCUGAGCAGUGAGAGGAAGUAUCUGCUGAACCGUGUGUCCCAGCUGAGCUCCGAGUUGGAGGACACCCACAGGACCAUCGCUGCAAUGGAAAACAUCAACGUGCCGUACUUGAUAAGGGAUUUAUUGGAGAAGCACUUUAACUCGUCUGAGGCCAUACAGAAGUUCCUGACAGCUUCAGCUCCAAUCAGCCGCCUCGCCACCUCCCUGCCAGGAGACGGCCAAUCCCACUCUCCUAAUAUGGUGGAGGCUGCAUCCGAUCGGUUGACAAAGUCAGAGGCAGGUCUGCAGAGGGUCACUGCUUUCAUGCCUUUUAAACAGGGGACGCCAACAACAGCAACGGAGGCCUGUCUCUCAAAUCAACAUGAGUCGAGCCACAGCCCACCUAUCUCUGUAGCUGACAUCAGCGCUGCUAUAUAUAAAAAAAUGGCAGCCGGUUAUGCAGCCAGACCCCAACCUCUCUAUCCCCAGAGCCAAAAGCAGCCUCCCAUGGGCACUAACCACACUGACACCCCUCUAGCCCCUCAGAAGGCCCAUGUGGGUGGCGACAGCUGGGGUGGAAAGGGAGGGAUAGAGGUAACGCUUUUGGAGCAGGACGUUGUGGAUGUGACCUCCUUGUCAGCCCAGCAGAUCCUGGAUGAGUUCAUGCAGCAGCUGCAGGCCCAUAAGGAGGUGGGCGGAGGGACGGAGCCAGAGGUCAGGCAGGAGUGGGUGGAAGGAGCGGAGCAAACAGGCAAAGUGGCGGAGUGAAAAUUCUAUCUCAAUAAACAGGGCAGGAUGAACGUACAUUCUCGCCUUAUUGUAUAUAAAUAUAUAUUCAUUCAUAUAUGUCACUGAUGUUGUAGUCAAAAACUGUUUCUCCCAAAUUACAAGACUCACAGAUUUUUUUCAGUUUGUUGUUAUUCUUAUUUUAGCUUGUAUAUAUUGCACUUCAUGAAUAUAAAUCUAUGAAUGGAAAAUUAUUUUUUUUGCAUAAUGUUUUAACAUGAAAUAUUAUGACACAAGAUAUAAUAGACUGGUAUUUGAAAUAAAAGGUGCAAUUUACAGGAAUUGCAUCAAUAAAACAGACAAUGGGACAAUUAAAUGACAAAGUAUGUUAAAAGAAGUUGAACCUGCAAUAAUAGAAUAUGUUUUUAUCAUAGCAAGCAAAGAAAAGUGUGAUAAACUGUGAUAAAUUGACAGCAUGUAAUUCGAAUUCAGUAAAUACUCUGUGACAUAAGUUAUAGACCCAAUAGUGAGUAUCAUCAUGUGUUUAAUAUUUGUGGUGUAAAGAGAUAAAGAGUUAAGGUCUUAAAAGGUAGGAGCCCGUGAGAAAAUCUGUUAAUAGUGUACGUUCAAUAAGAAUAACAGAUUCCAGGUCAGCUCACAGUAUUCUGUAACCAACCUCUUGUCAGUUUUCUAAAUGUGAUUUUAUGCUAGAAAGCUGUGCUAUCAAGCCAAUGACAAAGACGGGUUGAGCCAGUGUGCAGAGCCCCCCCUUCUCUCUUUUCAAACAUUUCAAUCUUUUCAAACAGAAAUAAUCUAUUGUGUUUUUCCUAACAAUUGUUCAUUUCUAAGAUUUGUGAAGAAGAACAACUUAUGAACUUUAGGCAGCAGACUCACAAGAGAUUUUCAGAGCAGACCAAAGAAAACUGCUCUCAUAUAGUUAGAAAGUUGCAUUUUUUUAAAAUAAUAACUGAUUGACAAAAUUAUUAUAUUACUCUACAUGUAACUGUAAAUGUUAAUUUCCUUGGUGUAUGAGCGUGUAUAUUUAUAUACACACAAACACACACAAACACACACAUAUACAUAAACCCCCUACCUUCACUGUAGAUGUUUGAAAGAAAGAACAAAAAUAUUCGGUUAAGAUUUAAUAGUUGUUAUUCUGAAUAUGUGUUGUGACAAAGUAGAUAAGAAAACAUAUUGAUGUCGUUGUAUUCUGUAUAGACCUUCAUUAAUUGAAAAUAUAACUGUGUCAUGACAGCUGUUCACCAAUAAAAGUAAUCACAUUAAAUUCACCAACACCUCAGAUUUUCAGUAUUUGUUAUUAUCUGUGUCUCUGUCUUUAAAUAUCCUGGGGAAUGUUGUCAGUGUGCAAGAAUAAAAUGUUCAGGAGAUCGAAAGUCAGUAAGAAUUAUAUUUUUGGGUGUCAGAAUAUUGAUACUAAAUUUCAUCAGAAUGUGGCUGAUUAUUGAUAAGAUAAUAAGAUAAUAUUGGUGAAUGGACUGACAUUUCCCUUUCAGCCACAAGAGGGAUAAACAAGUUUCCUCAUUAUAUCACUAUGAUCAAAUUUCACAAAUGUUCAUGUAAUUGAUGAUGGUGUGGUAAUUGAAUAAUAAUAGAUCAUUUCUAGAGUUA